GAGGCUCUUCGGAGCCGGACCUGGACCCCGGCCGCUGCCGCCCGCUCCCCCUGCCGCUGGCCUCACGAGGGCUUUCCCGCCUCCCGCCCCCACCUCUGGACGUGCCGCUCCGCUCUCCGCGUGUGGAGGGAGCCUGCGCUUAGGCCGGAGCAGCCUGGGGGCCUCCGGCGUCGAAGGCUUCGCGGGGACCGAUUCGCCAUGGAGGGCGCCGGCGGCGCGAACGACAAGAAAAAGAUAAGUUCUGAACGUCGAAAAGAAAAAUCUAGAGAUGCAGCCAGAUCUCGUCGAAGUAAAGAGUCUGAAGUUUUUUAUGAGCUUGCUCAUCAGUUGCCCCUUCCUCAUAAUGUGAGCUCUCAUCUUGAUAAGGCUUCUGUUAUGAGGCUUACCAUCAGCUAUUUGCGUGUGAGGAAACUUUUGGAUGCUGGUGAUUUGGAUAUUGAAGAUGAAAUGAAGGCACAGAUGAAUUGCUUUUAUUUGAAAGCCUUAGAUGGUUUUGUUAUGGUUCUCACAGAUGAUGGUGACAUGAUUUACAUUUCUGAUAAUGUGAACAAAUACAUGGGAUUAACUCAGUUUGAACUAACUGGACACAGUGUGUUUGAUUUUACUCAUCCAUGUGACCAUGAGGAAAUGAGAGAAAUGCUUACACACAGAAAUGGACCUGUGAAAAAGGGUAAAGAACAAAACACACAGAGAAGCUUUUUUCUCAGAAUGAAAUGUACCCUAACUAGCAGGGGGAGAACUAUGAACAUAAAGUCAGCAACAUGGAAGGUUCUUCACUGCACAGGCCAUAUUCAUGUGUACGACACCAACAGUAACCAGUCUCAGUGUGGAUAUAAGAAACCACCCAUGACAUGCCUGGUGCUGAUUUGUGAACCCAUUCCUCAUCCGUCAAAUAUUGAAAUUCCUUUAGAUAGCAAGACUUUUCUCAGUCGUCACAGCCUGGACAUGAAAUUUUCUUAUUGUGAUGAAAGAAUUACUGAAUUGAUGGGAUAUGAGCCGGAAGAACUGUUGGGCCGCUCAAUUUAUGAAUAUUAUCAUGCUUUGGACUCUGAUCACCUGACCAAAACUCAUCAUGAUAUGUUUACUAAAGGACAAGUCACCACAGGGCAGUACAGGAUGCUUGCCAAGAGAGGUGGAUAUGUCUGGGUUGAAACUCAAGCAACGGUCAUAUAUAACAAUAAGAACUCUCAACCACAGUGUAUUGUAUGUGUAAAUUAUGUUGUGAGUGGUAUUAUUCAGCACGACUUGAUUUUCUCCCUUCAACAAACAGAAUGUAUCCUCAAACCAGUUGAAUCUUCAGAUAUGAAAAUGACUCAGAUAUUCACCAAAGUUGGAUCAGAAGAUACAAGUAGCCUCUUUGAUAAACUUAAGAAGGAACCUGAUGCUUUAACUUUACUGGCCCCAGCUGCUGGAGACACAAUCAUAUCUUUAGAUUUUGGCAGUAAUGACACAGAAACUGAUGACCAACAACUUGAGGAAGUACCAUUGUAUAAUGAUGUAAUGCUUCCCUCAUCCAAUGAAAAAUUACAGAAUAUAAAUUUGGCAAUGUCUCCCUUACCUGCUUCUGAAUCUCCAAAGCCACUUCGAAGUAGUGCUGACCCUGCACUCAAUCAGGAAGUCGCGUUGAAAUUAGAACCAAAUCCAGAGUCGCUGGAACUUUCUUUUACCAUGCCUCAGAUUCAGGAUCAGCCAGCCAGUCCUUCUGAUGGAAGCACUAGGCAAAGUUCACCUGAGCCUACCAGUCCCAAUGAAUAUUCUUUUGAUGUGGAUAGUGAUAUGGUCAAUGAAUUCAAGUUGGAAUUAGUAGAGAAACUUUUUGCUGAAGACACAGAAGCAAAGAAUCCAUUUUCCACUCAGGAUACUGAUUUAGACUUGGAGAUGUUAGCCCCCUAUAUCCCAAUGGAUGAUGAUUUCCAGUUGCGUUCCUUCGAUCAGUUGUCACCAUUGGAAAGCAGUUCUACAAGUCCUCAGAAUUCAAGCACAAUUCCAGUAUUCCAGCCUUCCCAAAUCCAAGAGCCUACUAUUACUAUUACCACUGCCACCGCUGAUGAAUUAAAAACAUUGACAAAAGAUGGUAUGGAAGACAUUAAAAUAUUGAUUGCAUCUCCAUCGUCUACCCACGUUUCUAAAGAAACUACUAAUGCCACAUCACCAUAUAGUGAAACUCGAAGUCGAUCCACCUCACCAGACAGAGCAGGAAAAGGAGUCAUAGAACAGACAGAAAAAUCUCAUCCAAGAAGCCCUAAUGUGUUAUCUGUCACUUUGAGUCAAAGAACUACCGUUGCUGAGGAAGAACUAAAUCCAAAGAUACUAGCUUUGCAAAAUGCUCAGAGAAAACGAAAAAUAGAACAUGAUGGUUCACUUUUUCAAGCAGUAGGAAUUGUAAGUUUGAGAGGAACAUUAUUACAGCAGUCAGACGAUCGUGCAACUACUACAUCACUCUCUUGGAAACGCGUUAAAGGAUGCAAAUCUAGUGAACAGAGUGGAGUGGAGCAAAAGACAAUUAUUUUAAUACCCUCCGGUUAGUUUAUUCUUUUAUUUCCUUGAAUACCACAGAGACAGCUGAAAUAUAGCAAACCUUUUUAUUUAGGAGCUUUACUCCAAAUGAAAGAGUGAUUCUAGCUAGGUUAGGAAUCUCUUUCAUCUAAUAGGUGUAACAGAGGGAUAGUGUUUCAAGAUAGAAUUUAUAUUUUUAGUAAUUAUCUUUGCUGUAUCUAUGGCUGUGUGCUACCUAUCUUGAAUAGAGGCUGAAAUUGGUAAAUUUUUAUGCCUUUUUCCAAAUUUUUCACUGAGUUUGCCUUUACUAUAUCCUAUAAACACUUCUGACUUAGCAAUAGUAGCACUUAAACUGCAUUUAUUUAUUCACAUAGCUGUGGUUUUGCAUAUAGCUGUAAACCGUUCCAGAGUUUGCCUUAUUUUCCCUAAUACCUUGCACAUAGUGGGUAUUUAAUAUUUAUCGCCUAGAAGAAUGAAUACUU